AUGAGCGAUGGCGGGGCCCCGGCCGGCAGAAGCCCCCUGCUGCUGGGGGAGCCGGGCGCGCCGGAGCGAGCCCGGGGGAAGAGCGGCGCCCGGGGGGAGCUGGAGACCGCGCUGCGGGGAGGCGGCGGCGGACUCGGACUCAAGGACGUCCCGGGGACCUCGGCGGCCAGCCCCGGCUCGUCCCAGGAGUGCAUCCCGGAGAGCGACAGCCAGUCCGGGGGAGGAGAAGCGGAUUACUGCCGCCGGAUCCUGGUGCGAGAUGCCAAAGGGACCAUCCGGGAGAUUGUUCUCCCCAAAGGGCUGGAUCUGGACCGGCCCAAGAGGACCCGAACCUCUUUCACAGCCGAGCAGUUGUACAGGCUGGAGCUGGAAUUUCAGCGGUGUCAGUAUGUCGUCGGCAGGGAGAGGACGGAGCUAGCGAGGCAACUCAACCUAUCAGAGACACAGGUGAAAGUCUGGUUCCAGAACCGGCGCACCAAGCAGAAGAAGGACCAGAGCAGGGACUCUGAGAAACGCUCGUCCUCCGCCUCCGAAUCCUUCGCCACGUGUAACAUCCUCCGGCUCCUGGAACAAGGGAGACUUUUGUCCGUGCCGGCCCCUUCCAACUUGCUCUCUCCAAAUUCGAAUCCCAUCGGGAGCCCCGCCGGGAACGGAUCCAGCCUGGCUCCCUCUGGCACCACCUCGCCUGGGCUGAGCAGUGGAAACAGCCCUCCUGGGACAGGAGCCUUCAGCCUGCAGGUCCCGUCGCUAGCAUCCUCCUCUUCCUCACCCAGGCUCCCUGCCACCCCGCUCUGUUUCAGUGGCCCGCUCCUGGGGAGCCUGCACGACCUACCUAGCGGCUACGCACUGGGGAGCUCUGCCUUUGAGCCUUACACACGGCUGGAGAGGAAAGACAGUCCCAUACCCAGCAAGAAGCCGAGUCUUUAACUAAAAACCAGUGUCAAAAUCAUCCCCACCCCCCGCCCCCACCCUGUCUCCCGCAUGGGGCUGCUCUGUGGCCGGUGGAAUUGCAAAGACCGUUGAACAAAUGUCCAGGUGACGUGCGUGUGACUGUGUCUUCCUGUCACGGAAAUAAAAAUACAGCUGCAGGCAACACCCUGUUUGACAUGCUCGACUCGGCAGGGUUCCCCGGGGAGACGCACAGGGAAACCGCUGCUGCUGGGGGGCCCCCCCGAUGCCAGAUUGCUAGAGGGUCAAAGGCGCC